AUGGAGGGUUCAUCAUGGCUCUCUAACGCGCUUCCUCGCUACUCUCCCUCAUCUCUGUCGCCUGACAGUCGUCGCCGUUCCAAGAACCCUCGAUGGCGUACACCUUCUCCUAUGGCCGCUUCUGCCGUACCUCAACCUAUUGUGAAUAGUAUCUAUAUUCCCACAAGUUCCCACUCUGCUGCCAGCCCCUCCGUUCAGACCGACGACACUCUCCUGCUCUUCCGACGGAAACAACGCGAGCUUGAAGCUCACUUGCAAGUCCUCCUCGAUGCACAAGCUGAUGCCCUACUCUCUGGCCUUGAUGCACCACCAACAGCUUCCGUCAAAGACGAUGGUUUAUCGACAGGCUCCAGCACACCAACUGCCAGUGCCCUCAAUGCAAAGCCACAACCUUCUUCGAAAUCAGAGAAGGUUGAUCUCCGUCAUGCCAGAGUCGGCUUGUAUGCCACUAUGCGACGUCUGGCACAACUCAAGUCUCAGGAAUCUCAAUAUCUGGCUCCAAGCCUCGAUCACUUCACAUCUGUCGUCGAUCAACUCGACGCCUGGCAGAAGAAAUGCACUGCCUUGCAGUCGCGCGCUUCUCAAAUACGCUCUGGCGAUGAGCACAACCGCGCUCUUGACUUGCACAAACAAGCAGAUGACAUGCAAACCGAGAUCAACGAACUUGAGACCAGACUGGCUCGCUUGAAAGGCGAUCAGCGCAAGUUAAGGGCAGAGGCGCAGGAGAUUGAGAACACUGUUGACGCACGCCUUGCAUCGUACACGGAAAGCCUAGGUAUUGUUGAGGACUCUAUUCGAACUUUUCUUCACAGCGAUUCUGCAAGCCAUUGGGCAGCGAUCAUCAAUGUGGCGGACAUGGACCGUUUCUGGCGUUCACCUUCUCAAGGUCGCACUUUGAGGUCUGCGAAGGACAUCUCCAGCCGGGAGCGAGAUGCACUGAUUGAGAGGCGUCGCAUCAGCGACACUGAGCGAGAGGCGCUCGAAGCAGGUGCUAUCGUGUGGAGGGAUGCCGUGAAGCAAGUCUCCGCCUUCGAACGGUCGCUUGCAAAAGCCAUGUCACGCAUGAGUAAAGAAUCACAAUCACAGCUUGAAUCUCCCACAGAGACAAAGGAGCUACUCACGAUGCUGGAGCAGACUACUACAGAACUUGAAAGCAAGCACAAGCUUGCCGAAACGCGCAGUUGGAAACUUCUGGUUGCCGCAAUUGGUGCAGAACUCGAGGCUUUCUUGAAGGGAAAACAGAUUCUCGAAGCUGCUCUGGCUUCUACAAUUGGUGAGACGGACUUUGAAGAGACAAGAGAAACAUCAGGCAGUUCUGGCCAAUUGGAAGGAGUCCAGACUCCUAAGGGCAGUAAGCAUGAUGAUGGUGAGGCCAUUCGUGAUUUGGAUAAUGCUUUUGCAGCAAAGCGCCCUACACACAGCAUUUCUGAUACUGAUACUGAAGAUGAUGGUCCUGAUCCAGAGCUUUUGAUUUCGCAUCAGGAUACAGACACGGAUUAG